AGGCUCUAUAAAAAGGCAACACGCAUCUGGGGUGGCCGUAGAAGUUCUUCGUUGGCAAAUAGUAAAAUUCAGAGACGCCAGAAACAAAGGAAGAAAAAAACAAAUUGUUGUGAUGGCUCCCUCAGCUGCAGUUGCAUCUAGAGUUGAGAGCUUGGCCAGCAGUGGGAUCGCUUCAAUCCCCAAAGAAUACGUGCGUCCUCAGGAAGAGCUGAUCAACAUCGUCAACGUAUUUGAGGAUGAGAAGAAAACAGACGAAGGACCUCAAAUUCCAACUGUUGAUUUGAAGGGUCUCAAUUCGGAGGACCCUGCAGAGCGAGAGAAAUGCAGGGAGGAGUUGAAGAAAGCUUCCAUGGAUUGGGGUGUGAUGCACCUUGUCAACCAUGGCAUCCCUGAUGAUCUCAUCGAUCAGGUCAAGGCCGCUGGUAAGAUCUUCUUCGAUCUCCCCAUUGAGGAAAAGGAGAAGCAUGCAAACGAUCAAGCCUCCGGCAAGAUUGCCGGGUAUGGGAGCAAGCUGGCUAACAAUGCUAGUGGCCAGCUCGAGUGGCAGGAUUACUUCUUCCACCUCAUAUAUCCUGAAGACAAGCGCGAUUUGUCUAUCUGGCCCAAGACUCCUGCAGACUACACUGAGGUGACGAGCGAGUACGCGAGGCAACUUAGAGGCUUAGCGACCAGGGUGUUUUCAGCACUGUCGCUCGGGUUGGGAGUGGAAGAAGGGAGACUGGAAAAAGAAGUUGGUGGGUUAGAAGAGCUAUUGCUGCAAAUGAAGAUCAACUACUACCCCAAGUGUCCCCAGCCGGAGCUGGCUCUAGGCGUUGAAGCUCACACCGACGUCAGUUCUCUCACCUUCAUACUCCACAACAUGGUACCUGGACUGCAAGCGUUCUACGAUGGUAACUGGGUGACGGCCAAGUGCGUGCCCAACUCCAUCAUCAUGCACGUAGGAGACACCAUUGAGAUACUGAGCAAUGGCAAAUACAAGAGCAUUCUUCACAGAGGACUGGUGAACAAGGAGAAGAUUAGGAUCUCGUGGGCGGUCUUCUGCGAACCACCAAAGGAGAAAAUCAUCCUCAAGCCACUACCGGAGCUCGUCACUGAAACAGAGCCCGCGCGCUAUCCGCCUCGCACCUUCGCUCAGCACAUCCAGCACAAGCUCUUCAGGAAAUCGCAAGAGGCCCUUCUCUCCAAAUGAAAUCUAUUACCUACUGUUGUAUUGUUGGUUGUACUGGUGUGUCCGUAUAUCCAGUACAAUCUCUUUCUGUUGUCCAGGCCUUUCGUUCCAAAUUAGUCUAUUUAGUGCAUGUUGUCUGGGAUAGAAGUAGUGGUCUGUCUGGUCGUGUUGAAUUUUAAGUUCUGUUGUUCAUGUUAUGGUCUCUGUUGAUUGACCCUCGGAUGGUUAAUUUAGCAUCUUGUUAUCAUAAAUUUCAAUUCCAGAAUCAUUCAAUCUUCAUGUA